AUGUCGACUACUAUCGUGCCGUCGACCCCUACCACCUCGACGAAGCCCAGGCGCGGCCGUCGCCCUCGUCUUCCGGCCACGCAAGAAGUUCAACAGGCCGAGUUCGUCAAGUACAUGGCCACGAAGGAGCACCGCAAGAAGGCCGCCUACAAGACGUCAAUGUGCCGAGAAUAUCGAGCAGGCUACUGCCCGUACGGUGACGCCUGCACGUACGCUCACGGCCUCGAUGAGCUGCGCGUUGCCCCGAUGAUCGGCAAGCCAAAGCACCGGAAGUACAAAACGGCGAUGUGCGACAAUUUCUCGAACCUGGGCUGGUGCCGCUACGGGCUGAAGUGCCAGUUCCGCCACACCAAUGCCGAUGGCCAGGAGGCGCUAGUGGUUCCGGAAGGGCCACCGGAGAGUUGCAGCUCGGGCUCCCAGACAUCGAGCAACAUUCCCGACGCCCGUCCGGGCGCGAUGAUUUCGGAAUGGCUCGACAAUCUGCAUAUUACGCCGCCAUCUACACGCACCUCUUCAGCGUCUGCCCAAAGUCUGGAGGCUGAUGGUUCCGUCACCCCACCAACCUCUUCGACUCCGAAAGCCGGUCGUCGCGUCCAGUUUGAGCCGCCAUUCGAUUUCAAUGGAUUUGAAUCUCCUGUGAGGCCUGGACAAGUCAACAUCGAGCUCCGGCCUCCUGCUGUUAGCAACGCCGAGUGGUUCGCGACGACGCCAAAGAAGGUCCGCAUGCAGUGCAGCGAGAUG